AUGGAUGGCAAGAAAUGCCCUUUUCCAGAAUUAAUUGAAGAACAUAAAAUAAUAAAUAUACUAGAUAGUUAAACAGAAAACAUAAAAUAAUAUUUUGAAGAGUCUAACUCUUUUAUAAAUAAAGCACUUUCUUAAAAAAAGAAUAUACUUGUCCAUUGCUUUGCAGGAAAAUCAAGAAGUGUAUCACUUAUUAUUGCUUAUUUAAUUAAAUAUUAAAAUCUCAGUGUUGAUAAAGCCUUAGAACAUAUUAAAUAGGUUAGACCAGUUGCAGACAAAGAGGAAAGUAAAGAAAAGCAUGAAACAAUUCAUUAAGAAAAUUAACAAGAAAAUCAUUAAGAAAAUUAUUAAAAAAAACAAGAAGAAAAUCAAGAAGAAAAACAAGAAGAUAAAUAAUAAGGAAAUCAAGAAGAAAAAUAAUAAGAACAUCAAGAAGAAAAAUAAUAAGAAAAUUAACAAGAAAAACAAGAAGAAAAUAAAGAAGAAAAGCAAGAAGAAAAUCAAGAAGAAAAACAAGAAGAAAAUCAAGAAGAAAAAUAAGAAGAGAAUCAAGAAAAAAAAUAAGAAAAAAAACAAGAAGAAAAACAAGAAGAAAAUCAAGAAGAAAAUUAACAAGAAAAACAAGAAGAAAAUAAAGAAGAAAAGCAAGAAGAAAAUCAAGAAGAAAAACAAGAAGAAAAUCAAGAAGAAAAAUAUGAAGAAAAACAAGAAGAAAAUAAAGAAGAAAAAUAAGAAGAAAAUCAAGAAGAAAAACAAAAAAAAAAACAAGAAAAAAAACAAGAAGAAAAUCAAGAAGAAAAAUAUGAAGAAAAACAAGAAGAAAAUAAAGAAGAAAAAUAAGAAGAAAAUCAAGAAGAAAAACAAAAAAAAAAACAAGAAAAAAAACAAGAAGAAAAGCAAAAAGAAAAGCAAGAAGAAAAAUAUGAAGAAAAACAAGAAGAAAAGCAAGAAGAAAAGCAAAAAGAAAAAAUAUAAUAAAAUCAAAAAUUUUAAAUAAAAGAUUAAAAUUAAAAUUAAUAAUAAAAAGAUAUUAAUUAAUAAUAAAAGAAUUAAUAGAAUUUUUAAGAAAAUUAAUUCGAAUAUUUUGCUCGAGCACCCGGUCGUGUAAACUUGAUAGGAGAACACAUAGACUAUAUGAAUUAUCCUGUAUUUCCGUUUGCUUUAGAAAAUGACUGUUUGAUAGCUUUUUCUCAUUCAAAUGAUGAUAAACUACAUAUAUAUCAUACUAAUCUUGAAAUAUAUGAAAGUGCCCAUUUACCAUGUCAUCCUUCUAAAAAAGCUGAAGUUUCUUUCAAUUAAAAAUAAGCUUGGAUAAAAUAUAUUUAUGCCGGCUUUUUCUCUGGCACAGAAAAUGUGGUGGAAUAAUUUUAAGGAGUUAAUAUGUUAGUCUGUUCAAAUGUUCCUAUCGCAGCUGGAUUAAGCUCUUCUUCAUGUUUUGUUGUUUGUGGAGCUAUUUUAGGUCAUUUUAUUUUAAAAUCUAAUUUAGAUUAUAAUAAUUUAUUAUAAAGAAUUAUUUAAUAUGAAAGAGAUCUAGGAACUGCUUGUGGAGGUAUGGAUUAAACUAUAUCUUUAUUAGGGGUCAGAGGAAAGGCUAUGUUUAUUGAGUUUAAUGAAUAUGCCAAAAAUAUAGAAUGCUAACUUCCUGAAGGAGUUACUUUUGUUAUUGCAAACAGUUUAAAAGAAUCUCCUAAAUUAUAAAGUUUAGGAAGAAGAUACAAUAAACGUGUAUGUGAAUGUAGAAUGGCAAUAAAAAUAUUAGGUGAUAAAAUGGGUAUUUAAAGUGAAAGUAAAUUUACUAAUUUACGAUAAUUAGUAAGAAACAAUGAGACUUUAAAAUAAAUGUAAGAAAAAGUAAAGGACUUAAUUGAAAAGAAAGUUUAUUCAAAAGAAGAUAUUGAAAAAUUAAUUGGAGAAAAAUUAGACUAAUUCCUUAAUGAUAUUUAAAAACAUGAAAUUGUUAUAGAACAAAAUACAGAAUAUUUCCCAUACGAAAGAGCAUUACAUGUAUAUGCUGAAGCCGAAAGAGUUUAUAAAUUUAAAUAAAUUUGUGAAGAUUAAUAAAUUUCUAAUGAAGAAAAAAUUAAUUUAUUAUCUAAUUUAAUGAAUGAAAGUUAAUAUUCAUGUGAUUAAUUAUAUGAUUGCUCUUCUGAUGAGUUAAAUUAAUUAAUUUCUAUUUGUAGAAAAAAUGGAGCUCUGGGAUCUAGACUUACUGGUGCUGGAUGGGGUGGUUGUACUGUUUCUAUGGUUAGAAAAGAACAUGUAGAUGAGUUUAUUUAAAAAGUAAGAGAAUAGUAUUACUAAAAAAAUGGUUUAAAAGCUGAUGAAAAUGUCAUAUUUUGUACUUCUCCUUGUAAUGGAGCAUUAAUUUAUAAGAAUAAUUUAUUUUGA